AUGGAUCGAGGUAGAGCGUCACCCAUCCUCGCUCCUCGCCACGACUCAUCGAGCCGUGUUGCAAAACCCGAGUCCGCAGCAGAGAAGCUUGCCUCCUUGAAAGCUAGAGUCGCUGCAGCCGUGGGCAGUAGCAAGUCGAAGCAGACGGGACUUAAUGUUGCUCCCCAUCCUAUAUUGGCCAAGGGCGGGCUGAACGUUGAUCUACAUCCUGCGCUACAAGAUCUUGGACAAUACAAACCCUCAAAGACCGUCGCGCCCAAGUUCGCAACUAGCAUCGGCAAUGCACGGCCACAGCCUGAGAAGGCCGCCGCGAAGACGAAGAAGCAACUUGAUCUUUCCGGGCCUUCGGCUGAGGAGACGCGGAAUAACCCAUAUUUUGAUAUGAGCCUGGGAGGACAAACGGCGACUUUAAAGAAUAGGCAUUCGAGGCAGCUGGUUUUCAAUCAGAAGGGCAAAUAUAUCCAGCAGGCAAAUGCACUCCGAAGACAGGCCGCCCUCGAGGCGAUGAAAAAGCGCAUCGCGGAAUCAUCACGAAAGAUAGGCAUCGACGAGGACCUCGAUACGGAAAAGAACUUCCUCAUCGAAUCGCCCCCCGAUAUCGAAUGGUGGGACGAAGGUCUAGUAGACGCCAAGAAUUACGACAAUAUCGACGACGUAAACAACCUCAAGAUAGAUACCGUCGACUCUAUAAUAACAGAAUAUAUCCAACAUCCCGUCCUACUAGAGCCUCCGCAGGAGAAGAACAUACCUGCUCCGAAACCUAUGUUCCUGACAGCGAAAGAGCAAGCGAAAUUACGCCGUCAGCGACGAAUGGCGGAGCUGAAGGAACAGCAAGCUAAAAUUCGCCUGGGUCUCGAGCCUGCGCCGCCCCCCAAGGUCAAGAAAGGAAACCUUAUGCGAGUAUUGGGCGAAGAAGCCGUGAAAGAUCCAACGGCAGUCGAAGCGCGCGUGAACAGGGAGAUCGCAGCCCGGCAUCAAACACACGUCGAAAUGAAUGAGGAGCGGAAACUCACGAAAGAACAGCGGCAUGAGAAGCUUGCAUUGAACCAGGACAAAGAUGCGGCGAAGGGUAUCCGACUCAUGGUCUUCAAGAUCGAUAACUUGGCCAAUGGUAGCCACCGCUUUAAAAUAUCGAAGAAUGCGGAGCAGAUGGCUCUCACGGGGAUCUGUGUCAUGCAUCCAAGAUUCAAUCUAGUGAUUGUGGAGGGCGGUGAGCAUAGUAUACGCCAAUACAAAAAGGUUAUGAUGCAGCGGAUUGACUGGACCGAGAACUCACCAACGCGGAUCAAGGAAGGCACAAAGGCGGAGGCUUUACAGGACUGGUUGAAGGCAGAGGAUGAGAAGGGAGAGUUAAAGGAUAUGACAUUAAAUAAGUGUGUCCUGGUUUUUGAGGGCGAGGAGAAGGCCAGAGCGUUCAGGAAAUGGGGAAGUAAAGUUUGUGAGACGGAUAGUGCGGCGAGGGAGGCUCUGCAGAGGGCGAAGAUGGAGAAUUUCUGGGCCUUGGCUAAGAGUAUGAAGUAG